CGGUGCUCAUCGUCUUUUGGUUUUCUCUACUCUUAGGGGCUGCGAAGGGUAAUGGCGCCAACCGGGGACCAGACGGCUGAGAUGGCAUUGGCCGCGGGGAACGAGCGCGGGGAGGCUCGGGAGGGCGGCGGCGGCAUUGAUCGGGGGAAGGUGGGGGAUCGGCCGCGGGAGGCUAUGGAGACGAGCGGCGGAAGCGAUGGCGGUUCGAACUCAGAGUCGGAUCCAGAUUCAGACUCAUCAGACUCCGAUGGGGAUCUCGACAACGAAUCUGAAGUGCAGCAUCUGCAGUCCGUGCUUGCUGCCAACCCAUCCGAUUACAACGCGCAUAUGCAAUACAUCGGGGCGCUGCGGAGGCGGGGUAUGCUUGAGAGGCUGCGCGCCGCUCGCGAGGGUAUGAACGCAAUUUACCCUCUGACAGCAGAUAUGUGGCGGGAGUGGGCACAGGAUGAGGCGCGGAUUGUGACAGACGAGAAGAGCUACAAGAUGGUCGAGCAGCUGUACGAGCGCGCGGUCCAAGAUUACCUGUCGGUAUCCCUAUGGAACGAUUACUUGCAGUUCGUGGAGGAGAAGAAUGCUGCUGCCGCUGCCUGCCUUCCGGACGGGAUCCCUAUCAUGCGUAAUCUGUUCGAAAAGGCGAUCACUGCGGCCGGGCUCCACCUGACCGAAGGAGGCAAGCUAUGGUCGGCUUAUCGUCAAUACGAGGCCAAAGUUCUGAAGGCUAUGGCUAUGGCUAUGGCUGAUAAAGGUCCAGAAGAAUGCGCCAAACAGGCCGAGAGAGUGCGGAGCUUGUUCCACCGUCAGCUUUCCGUUCCGUUAGCAGAUCACGCCGAUACGCUGAGCCAAUACGUGGAAUGGGAGACGUCUUGGAGGAGAGAGAGUGUGGGUGGUCUUGGGAGCGGCGAUGAUGGGGUUGUGACGCUGAGUCCCAGCCUGGAAUCCGCCUACGCGAAGGCAGUGGCCAUGGUGAACGCUCGCCUUCCACUCGAGGAGCUGGUGGCACAGGGAAAGGCAGUUGAUGGUGGGGACCACCUGGCCAGUUACUACGCGUACAUCGGGCUAGAGGAUCAAGGUGGGGAUCCCGCCCGGGUCCAUCUGAUGUACGAGCGGGCUGUGAGCGCGUUCCCUCUCACUGCCGAGCUGUGGGAGAAGUAUGCAUUGUUUGUCGACACGGUGUUGAAAAUCCCCUCCCUCGCGCGGGCGGUUCACGCACGGGCCGUGCGAAAUAUGCCCUGGGUUGGGCUCUUUUGGGUUAAUUACAUGUUAGCCCUCGAGAGAGGGCAUGGGGAGGAGUCGGAGAUCUGUCAGGUGUUUGAACAGGCAUUGCAAAGCGGAUUGCAAACGGCAGAGGAGUAUCUGGAUCUAUUUUUAGCACGAGUAGACGGAUUGAGGAGGAGGAUGGUUCAGGAAGGAGAGGGGGGAGGAGGAGAGGGGCAGCAGAAAGGGUAUGCGUUGGAGAAGCUGCGUGAGACAUUCAAGCGUGCGGUCAAUUACAUGUCCGAUUACGAUCCCAACGGAGUGAUAAGGCUGUACACGUACUGGGCGGACAUCGAAGCACGCGUGGGGAAGGAUGACCUGGCAAGGGCAAGAGCUGUCUGGGAUGGCUGCGUUUACGGGAGCUCUUUAGCGGAGGCAUGGCUAGGGUACAUUCAAAUGGAAAAGGCACUGGGCAAGAUCAAGGAGUGCCGCUCGCUUUACCGCCGCUGCUACAGCCGCAAGUUCGACGGCAACGGCGCGGAGGUGGUAUGUGAUUCCUGGCUGCGAUUUGAGAGGGAGCACGGGUCGCUAGAGGAUUACGACAGCGCUUUUCAGAAGGUUAGGCCGAGGUUAGUGGAGAUCAGGGCGCUGAGGUGGCAGCAGCAGGUGACGACUGCUGUCGAGCCUGAUCAGACAUCUGGCGGGAAGAGCCAGUUAGACCGGAAGGGAGCUGCUGCUGUGAAGGCAGGUGCUGUAAAGGGAGGUGUAAAGGGAGGCAGGGGGGUAACAGCAGCAGCAGGAGCAGGAGUAGUAGGAGGAGGAGGGGAAAAGCGAAAGACAGGGCCGGGAGGUAGUGGGGGAGGAGAGGCUGCAGGCAGCAGCUUGAAGAAGCAGAAAAUGGAGAGUGAAGGAGGGGGGGUUGCUGGUGCGAGUGAUAAAGGGGGUUUGACGGGGGGUUUGACGGAUGGACAAGGAGCACGCAGGGGUGAAGAAGGCAAGGAAGAAGGGGAGGAGAAGAAGAAGAAGACGAAGAAGCAGGAGGAAGAGGGGGGGAUGGACCAGGAUGGAGAGGAUCGUGGAGCGUCCGCCACCCACGUGGCUACCCGACGGGCGUACAGUGAUCAAUGCACGGCCUUUGUGUCCAAUUUGUCACAAGACGCGACUGAAAAAGACCUGCAGGAGUUGUUUGAACCCUGUGGUGGUGUGGAAGACAUAAGAUUGGUGAGGGAUAGGUGGACAGGUAGGUCGAAAUGUUUCGCAUAUGUGGAGUUCAGCGACGCGAAGGGACUGGAGGCGGCGAUCGCUUUGAAUAAGACGAAGCUUCUGGGGAGGGCGGUCAGCGUGGCGCGCUCUGCGCCUCCUACGGACAGAGGAGGGAGAGGUAGAGGACGACAGGGUUUCGCAGGGGGGGGGGCGGCGCUAAACCCUCAACGAGGGAGGGGAAGGGGAAGGGGUAGAGGAGGGGGAGGAGGUGAGCCUGCGGAGCUCCUCCAAACUGCUGCGGACGAAGGUUCGACACCGACGAGUGCGGAGAGGCAACAGCGGGAAAUGAGGCCGCCGGUACUUUUGAGUAGCCACAGAAGAGCGGGCCACGUAGAUCUGACUGGUAGAAGCUCUGCUACAAUCUUUGGCGUGCCGCGUUCUGUAGCAGUCGCUGGAAGAGGAGGAGGAGGAGGAGGAAGAGGAGGAGGAGGANUUAUGGCAAAGAAUAGGUGGGAGGAAGAGGAGGAGGAGGAAGAGGAGGAGGAGGAGGAGGAGGAGGAGGAGGAGGAGGAAGUGCUGGCCAAGGAGACAAAGUGUCUUCUCAAGAGAAAGAGAAUGGCGACGGGGAUCACAAAACUGUGGGGGGGGGGAGGGACGACACCCCAAAAUCGAAUGAAGAUUUUCGGAAAAUGCUUCAAAAGACAUAAAUCAUAAAUUUUGUGUGCAUUUUGAAAGAUACCCCUUUUGUAUCUAAUUUGUCAAGCUUUCUCCUAGACUCACCCAUCAUUUGUAUCUCCUCAUAAAUUUUAUGUGCAUUUUGAAAUAUCCCUUCCUUUGCCUGCGACUCAUGGAGGGUGGCAUUCGGCAGCAGUUUCCUUCUUGGAGGGCAGUAGUGCAAGUUGGGUGCGUUUGCUGUUUCGUUCUUGGAAGAGGAGGAGGAGGAGGAGAGAGGAUAAGGGUGGUGUGAUGAAAGGCGGGUGAUGAUCUCCGACUCGUGAGUCUCGGAAUC